AUGCUCUGCCGUAUCUUUAGCACCGAGGGUAGUGCCUGGCGCAUAAUCUCACAUCUGUACUGUGAGAUCAGAAUUCUUAUGGCAGAAUGUAUUGAUACAUUAGGCAAGACUGACAUCUGUCCUGACUGGGAACUUAAGCAAGAGCCCUGGGAGAAGCGGAGUGAUGGGGUGGCUGGGAGACUAGGCCGGUGGAGGAGUUUUCAUCUCCGAGGGCCACAGGGUCCAGUCCUCCAAGCCUGGGCCCCCAGCUGCCUGGGCAUCGCAAAAGCCACGUGGGAGAGGUGCGUUUCCUGGCCCGCAGUGGCACUCUGCCGAGAUCAGACCAGGCUUUACACCCCUGCCUGGCACCCCCUGGCAGAACUUGCCCUUGGCACCUCCUAUCGAGGCGUCCACAAGGCCCUAGCAGCCCGCCACCCUGCUGGCCCACGAGAGGGGUUGGCCACGCCGCCGUGCAUUGGCAGGGCUGCCUUCUGUGCCCCAACGCCACACCCUGGGUUACCCUUCACUGCCUGUUCUGGGAAGGAAGGGAGCUAG